AUGGCCUCCCUCAUCCUGCGAAGGAUGCAUGGGGCUCUUCCCAGGGCAGCGCCCUGGGUCACCAGCGGGGCGGCGCUGCUCAUCGGGUGCAAUCUGAGAAGAGCACGCCCUGGGCGCUGGCGUUGGUGUCUUGGAGGUCGCCAUGUCGUCAGUUGGCGGCAUGACGACGCCCUUGGAGGGCCCCGCGCCGCCUGCGGGGGGUCCGACUCCGUCUCUGGGGCCGGCGUCGCGCGGCUUGUCGCUCGUCGUACAAACGCCGCCGCCCGCCGGGCCUGGACUACCAGGGCGAUGUGGGUGUUCACGGGCCACGCCACAGAUCUCAAGAUCACCUCCCCCCGUUUGCCAUCUUUAGUACUUUCAGCCCCACCUCGCCUCCCUCCAUCCCCCUCCAUUAAAGCCCGCGCCCUCCUCCUCCGCUCCAUUCCCCUCGCCACCGCCCAGAUCCAGACCAUGACGGUGCCGCCGUCGCCGGAGCCGUUCCGCGUCUUCGUCGGGUACGACCCGAAGGAGCACGAGGCCUACGAGGUGUGUCGCCGCAGCCUGAUCCGCCACGCCACCGUGCCGCUCGACGUGCGCCCCAUCCGGCAGCCGGACCUCCGCGCGUCGGGGCUCUACUGGCGCACGCGGGGUCACAUGGAGAGCACUGAGUUCUCCUUCACCCGCUUCCUCACCCCCUUCCUCGCCGGCUACCGCGGCUGGGCGCUCUUCAUCGACUGCGACUUCCUCUACCUCGCCGACGUCGCCGAGCUCAUCGCCUCCGCCGUGCCCUCGGACGCUGCCGCCGCCAAGCGCCUCGCCGUCGUCUGCGUCAAGCACGAGUACAAGCCCCUCGAGGCCACCAAGAUGGACGGUGCCAUGCAGACCGUGUACCCGCGCAAGAACUGGUCCUCCAUGGUGCUCUACAACUGCGCCCACCCCAAGAACGUCGCCGCGCUCACCCCGGACGCCGUCAGCACCAAGACCGGCGCCUUCCUCCACCGAUUCUCCUGGCUCGACGACGACGAGAUCGGGGAGGUGCCCUUCGUCUGGAACUUCCUCGUCGGCCACAACAGGGUCGACCCUGACGACCCGGCCACGCAGCCCAAGGCCCUGCACUACACCUGCGGGGGACCCUGGUUCGACAGGUACAGGGACUGCGAGUUCGCCGACCUCUGGAUCAAGGAGGCCGAGGAGCUCAGGGCGGAGAAGGAGAAGCGCAGAGCCGAGAAGGAGAGGCUCGAGCUCGAGGACGACGAGGACGACGAGGGGAAUUGAUGGAUGAUGGGGCCGGCCAACAAGUUCACUGCAUUGCAUUGGUUCUUUUGCGCCGUGGGAAUUCUUUCGAUUCAAUCUGUUUGUUAUGCUGGUUUCUUGGUAUAGGUGGUAGGGGAGGCCAGAGUAGAAUAGCUCGAGUAUAUUGGUUUAGUAUGCUCUUGUGUAGUAGCUGCAAUCGAUCUAUGAAUGAACCAGUCCUCAUUGCCAAGAGAUUUUAUCCUUUGGCCUUGCC